AUGGCUGCCUUUUCUGCCAUUCGUUCCGACGGUUCUGUGGUGACUUGGGGUAGCAAGGCGGCAGGAGGCGACAGCAGCGCCGUCCAGCAACAGCUCCGCAAUGUGACCCAGAUCCGCAGCACUUCGGAUGCCUUUGCUGCUCUUCUAAACGAUGGCAGCGUCGUGACCUGGGGAAACCCUGCGAACGGAGGAGACAGUCGCAAGGUGCAAGAUCGACUUGUGAACGUGAGUGCGCUCCGCGGUACCGCCUCAGCCUUUGCAGCGCUCUGCAGUGGUGGCCAUGUGGUGACCUGGGGACACUCCAGGAGUGGCGGUGACAGCCAGAAAGUGCAGAGCGAGCUGUUCGAUGUCAUCGCCAUCAGAGCAACCUUUGGAGCCUUCGCGGCCAUUCGUCGGGAUGGCCGAGUUGUGGCCUGGGGAAAUCACAGUCACGGUGGCUCAGUUCCGCAGCCUUCCAGCUCGCGCUUGGCCCUCUGCGACGUAAGGCAAUUACGUGGGACAGACUUUGCCUUCGCGGCACUGCGGAAGGAUGGACGAGUGGUGGCUUGGGGGGACUCCAGGCACGGUGGGGAGACAAGCCGCAUUCAGGAGCAGCUGACGAACGUGCGACAGAUUCGCUCCUCGCUCGGGGCCUUUGCGGCCUUGCGGGCAGAUGGCACCGUCGUGACCUGGGGCAACGAACACCACGGCGGUAACAGCUCCGCGGUCCAGGAGCAGCUUCAGGGCGUGCGCCUUCUUCGGCCGUCCGGCUUCGCUUUCGCUGCCCUGCGUGCAGACGGCAGCGUGGUGACAUGGGGCAAUCGGCGCUGCGGCGGUGACAGCCGAAAUGUGCAGCGCCAGCUGACAGAUGUGAUUGAGAUGCGAGGCUCAAGUUCUGCCUUUGCAGCUGUCUGCGCCGACGGUCGUGUGGUCACUUGGGGCAAUGAAGCCAACGGGGGUGACAGCAGCACUGUACAGAAGCUGCUCCAGAGGAGUUCAGACAUGUGA